AUGAUGGGCUCCGUGCUCCCGGCUGAGGCCCUGGUGCUCAAGACGGGGCUAAAGGCGCCGGGGCUUGCGCUGGCCGAGGUCAUCACCUCCGACAUCCUGCACAGCUUCCUGUACGGCCGCUGGCGCAACGUGCUGGGCGAGCAGCUCUUCGAGGACAAGAGCCACCACGCCAGCCCCAAGACAGCCUUCACCGCCGAGGUCCUGGCGCAGUCCUUCUCCGGCGAGGUGCAGAAGCUGUCCAGCCUGGUGCUGCCGGCGGAGGUGAUCAUCGCGCAGAGCUCUAUCCCCGGCGAGGGCCUCGGCAUCUUCUCCAAGACGUGGAUCAAGGCGGGCACCGAGAUGGGCCCUUUCACCGGCAGCGUCAUCGCCCCGGAGCAUGUGGACAUCUGCAAGAACAACAACCUCAUGUGGGAGGUGUUCAACGAGGACGGCACAGUACGCUACUUCAUCGAUGCCAGCCAGGAGGACCACCGCAGCUGGAUGACGUACAUCAAGUGUGCACGCAACGAGCAGGAGCAGAACCUGGAGGUCGUCCAGAUUGGCACGAGCAUCUUCUACAAGGCCAUCGAGAUGAUCCCUCCCGACCAGGAGCUGCUGGUGUGGUAUGGGAACUCGCACAACACCUUCCUGGGGAUCCCCGGUGUGCCUGGGCUAGAGGAGGAGCAGAAAAAGAACAAGCAUGAGGACUUCCACCCGGCGGACUCGGCGGCGGGCACCGCGGGCCGCAUGCGCUGCGUCAUCUGCCACCGCGGCUUCAACUCGCGCAGCAACUUGCGCUCGCACAUGCGCAUCCACACGCUGGACAAGCCCUUCGUGUGCCGCUUCUGCAACCGCCGCUUCAGCCAGUCGUCCACGCUGCGCAACCACGUGCGCCUGCACACGGGCGAGCGCCCCUACAAGUGCCAGGUGUGCCAGAGCGCCUACUCGCAGCUGGCCGGCCUGCGCGCCCACCAGAAGAGCGCGCGCCACCGGCCGCCCAGCGCCGCGCUGCAGCCGCACUCGCCCGCGCUGUCCGCGCCGCACGCGCACGCGCCCGCGCUCACCGCCGCCGCCGCCGCCGCGCACCACCUGCCCGCCAUGGUGCUGUGA